AGCUUCCUUCUGUGAGAAAAGAUGGAAGAGGAUCUUGAAAGGCUUUUGGAAGAAGAAAGUCGCCAAAAAGAACAAGAGGACUCACGAACAUUGCAAGAAUUCUAUGAAGAAGGAAGUCGUGGACUAGAUGAAUACUGGACAGCGUUAGUUGGCAAUCAUGAGGACGACGAACUGGAAGCACUUUUAGAACAAGAAUUGCAACAAAAGCAACUAGAAGAUAGGCAACAAAGUCAACAAUCUCUCAACUCAUCAGGUUCCAAGGAAACGCUUCAGUCCAAUGGCGUCGUCACUUCCUCCAACUCACCCUUGUCAGUAACGAAGCGAGUUUUUCAAGUUGAAGAAUUUUCAGUGAAACCUUGUAUGACCCAUUCUGCAAGUGAAUGGCGUGAAGAUCCUGAACAACCUCCUUUGGCACUACAGUGGACGCAAGAAGAGUUAGAUUUGUUCUGUCAACAAGCCGUCCGCUUAGGUCCCUUGGCACUAGAGCAGCCCUGGUUGCUGGCUAAAUAUAUACCGUCCAAGAAUGCUUUGGAGUGCUUAUUACUUUAUGAAGCUUUACGUCAUGAACAAUAUGAGGUCAAACUUGUGUUACAUCCCAAUAAGUUUAUCGUCCAAAAAGCGGCUCAUCCUGUUACUUCCAAAAGUCAUAAAGAUACCAUGCCAAGUUUGACUUGGGAACAACUUGUAUGGCAAUAUCAGUGGUUGAUAUCUUCAGUUGUGAAAAGGGGUUUUCCUACACCUUCAGCGUUGAAAUGCUACGAACCUUGGUCAGCUGAUUUUUGGCUACGAUUGAGUGUAAAGGAACGACGUUUAUUAGCUCUCGUCGACUGGCAUAUAUUAUUAAGCUUUUGUAACACUAUUCGUUCUUCAAAUUGUCCGCCAGUUGUUGGAGCCGAUCCUCGAGUGUUUAUACGAAUAUUGGCCUACACCUGUGACUAUAUGCGAUAUAUAACACGAAUAGCGUUGUCAUUUGCUGUUGCUCGUAGUAAAAUGGAGGCUACUUCUUCACCCGUUGUUAUGAAUAUGUAUCACGUUUCACAAGCAAUCGAUAUUGCUAAUGAAUAUUAUCGAUAUCGAGGAAAUCAUCGCUUUUAUCUCGGAACCGAAUGGAUGAGACAUUCGAUUCGAGAGUAUUCCUCUUCUUACGAUAUUCUCGAAAAGAAUAAGGAUAAUCCUCUUCCUUUGGAUAAUUUUUACGAUUUGGUAUUAUUGGACUACGGUUGGUUAGAUGGAAACAAGCACUAUGCUUGUGUUCCGAGAUCGUUGCAAGUUGUACCUCCAACGGAUUUAUAUUUUCAAGAAGAGUGGUGGCAUCCACAGCGACGUCCAACCUAUAAAGAUUUGUCCAAUCACUUACUUGUUAGGAGACUAGUUCAGAAANGAAAAUUAUGAGUUUUGUGCGCAUCCCGUAUCCAUUGCUCAGACGAAUACUUGUCAAGUUCCGUUGUUAUGUCGACAGUGGAUUUGCAAUGCGGGUUGUUAUUAUUUAGCUUACCAAUGUCGUC